UUGACACAAGAACAACAAGGGCAUAGAAGUGUCACUGCUGUGCCAUGAAAUUCGUCGACAAAGGGACAGGGCGGUAGUGGGGGCGAUCAUAUGGACUCCAUGGAAUCAUGCGUCCCUCCUGGGUUCAGGUUCCACCCCACCGACGAGGAGCUCGUCGGCUACUACCUCCGCAAGAAGGUUGCCUCACAGAAGAUCGACCUCGACGUCAUCCGCGACAUCGAUCUCUACCGCAUCGAGCCAUGGGAUCUCACAGAACAUUGUGGGAUCGGGUAUGAGGAGCAGAACGAUUGGUACUUCUUCAGCUUCAAGGACCGCAAGUACCCGACGGGGACGAGGACGAACAGGGCCACCAUGGCCGGGUUCUGGAAGGCGACGGGAAGGGACAAGGCAGUGCACGAGAGGAGCAGGCUCAUCGGCAUGAGAAAGACGCUUGUCUUCUACAAGGGCAGGGCUCCCAAUGGACAGAAGACCGACUGGAUCAUGCACGAGUACCGCCUCGAGACAGACGAGAACGCGCCGCCGCAGGAAGAAGGAUGGGUGGUGUGCAGGGCGUUCAAGAAGAGGACGGCCUACCCAAACCGGGGCAUGGUGGAGAGAUGGGACGCCAACUACUCCUACCACGAGGGCAAUGCCAUGGGUGGCGCGGCCGCGGCGUUCGUCAACCCCAAUAUGACGGUGCAGAUGGGCAGGAGCGCGCGCUUCAAGGAGGAGGCGGAGCAGAUGGACGGCGCCGCCGCCCUCCUGCGGUACACCUCCAACCACCUCGUCGAGCUGCCGCAGCUCGAGAGCCCGUCCGCGCCGCUCCCGCGGAAGAAGGCCUCGGCCGAGCAGGAGGAGGAGGAAGACGCCGUCGACGCUGGCCGCAGGCGGCGACCCGGAAAGACCGCCCGGGUCGACAAUGAGACCACCACGGACUGGAGGGCGCUGGACAAGUUCGUCGCGUCGCAGCUAAGCCCUGCGGAGUGCGGAGCUCUGGAGGGAAAUCCAGCGUCGUCUACCGCGGCGGCAGUCUGUGCGAGCUCACAGGCGCAGCUGGAUCACCAUGACGACGAUGACAUGGCCGCAUUGUUGUUUCUCAACAGCGACGGCAGGGAUGAAAUGGAGAGGUGGACCGGGUUGUUGAGCUCGGCCGGCACCGGCGUUGACGGCGACCUCGGGAUCUGCGUGUUUGAUAAAUGA